CCGAGAGGCGCUCCCUCCGCGGCGCGCGGCCAGGGGGCGCGGCGGGGCGGGGAAGGAUGCGGAACCGCGUGCCUCUGCUCUGCCUCUGCGCCGUCUCCUGUUGCUUGGCGGCGGGGGUCCGCACGCCCCGGGGGCCGGAGGCCCGGCCGCAAGAUGAGCGCCACAGAGCCAGGGACGUACAGGUUACUGCCAAGCCUCCUGUGAGAUUUAACCUUCGCACCUCUGAGGACUCGGAGCAUGAGGGCUGCUACCUCCCCGUCGGCCACGACCAGCCUUUGGAAGACUGUGGCUUCAACGUGACGGCCAAAACCUUUUUCAUCAUUCAUGGGUGGACGAUGAGUGGCAUGCUUGAAAGUUGGCUGUACAAACUUGUGUCAGCCCUACAGACAAGAGAGAAAGAAGCCAACGUCGUGGUGGUUGACUGGCUUCCCCUGGCCCACCAGCUCUACACAGACGCCGUCAAUAACACUAGGGUGGUGGGAUACAGUGUUGCCAGGAUGCUUGACUGGCUGCAGGAGAAGGAUGAUUUUUCUCUCGGGAAUGUUCACUUGAUCGGCUACAGCCUCGGAGCUCACGUGGCUGGGUACGCUGGCAACUUCGUGAAAGGCACGGUGGGCAGGAUCACAGGUUUGGAUCCUGCUGGGCCCAUGUUUGAAGGAGUGGACAUCCAUAGGAGGCUGUCCCCUGACGACGCAGACUUCGUGGAUGUCCUCCACACUUACACACGUUCCUUCGGCUUGAGCAUUGGGAUCCAGAUGCCCGUGGGCCACAUCGACAUCUACCCCAAUGGGGGGGACUUCCAGCCAGGCUGUGGACUCAAUGAUGUGUUGGGCUCAAUCGCAUAUGGAACAAUCACGGAGGUGGUGAAAUGUGAGCACGAGCGGGCCGUGCACCUCUUUGUUGACUCCCUGGUGAAUCAGGACAAGCCGAGUUUUGCGUUCCAGUGCACAGACUCAAAUCGCUUCAAAAAGGGGAUCUGUCUCAGCUGCCGGAAGAACCGGUGUAAUAGCAUCGGCUACAACGCGAAGAAAACGAGGAGCAAGAGGAACAGCAAAAUGUAUCUCAAAACCCGGGCGGGCAUGCCUUUCAGAGUUUACCAUUAUCAGAUGAAAAUCCAUAUCUUCAGCUACAAGAAUGUGGGAGAAAUCGAACCCAACUUUUAUGUCACCCUUUAUGGCACCAGCACAGACUCCCAGACUCUGCCUUUGGAAAUAGUGGAGCAGAUUGGGCUAAAUGCCACCAAUACCUUCCUGGUCUACACUGAGGAGGACCUGGGCGACCUCUUGAAGAUUAAACUCACCUGGGAGGGGGCGAUUCAGUCCUGGUACAACCUGUGGAAGGAGCUUCGCAGUUACCUGUCUCAGCCCCGCAGCACGGAGGAGGAGCUGAGCAUCAGGCGCAUCCGGGUCAAGUCUGGGGAGACUCAGCGCAGAUUGACUUUUUGUGUGGACGACUUCGAGAACACCAGCAUUUCCCCUGGCCAAGAGCUCUGGUUUCACAAGUGUCGGGAUGGCUGGAGAAUGAAAAAUGAAACCAGGCUUCCCUUCGGCUCAGCCGCGGAGCUUCCCUGAGGGGCUGCCCCGCCCCCCCGCCUCCCAGGGACACGGAGGAGCGUUCCUGCUGACAACCCACCUGAUGGAAGGACCCCACUUGGCCUUGACCCUAGCGCCUGGAAGAAUCUGUUUGCUGGGCCCAGGACCUUACCUCCUAUGAUGGUUGGGACAUCUCGCCGGAGGGGACUGCGCACGGCCACUCCUGCCACCCCUGCUGGCCCCGGGUGACUCCAGCUCCGGCCUGUGUGCAAAGGGUGGAGGGCCCGGGCCUCUCCAAGGUGCCCGGUGAGCCUGUGCUUUCCCUGCCAAGAGUUGCUCGUGCAAGGCUGUGAGCUGCCCGAGCGGACCUGAGGGGUGGGGAGGGCUUUCUGCUGGGAGCGGACUUGUGUCAGGGUGGCAGACCCGUGACCUCGUUCACCCAGAGAGCCCCAGAGCACCUCACCUGGGGCAGUGGUGAGGCCCUCACUGUUGGGGUUCCAUGGGCUGCACUCGAUGGGUACUGGCCACAUGUCAGAUGUUCUGUCCUGCCGCCCGGCUUGUCCUGAAAGCACACGUCACUGGCUUUUCUCAGUUUUCCACUGCUUACUUUUUGAUGGUACAAAUGUGUAUUAAGCACUUAAACUUAAUUAGCACAAGGCAGUAGACGUAUUCAUAAACCUUUCCAGAUGUGGAGUCCAAUGGGGUUGGGAUUUCUAGACUCCCUUCCAGUUUAGGUGAUCCGUGGAUACACACGUGGUGAUGGGCAUGGGGGACACGGUGGGGGAGGCUACAGGGCUAAGAGCCGGGAUCCUAAGCUUUUGAUGGUCUCAGCUGGUUCUUGCUGGUGAACGUGUGUACUCCCUACGUGCGUGUUCCAUCACUUGCAUCGGAGCAAGCAGGGCACCGCAUGUGCUGGGGACAGGAGGUGGCCAGUUACCAAAUGUGAUGGCUUUGGAGCCGAAUCUCUUCUGCUCAGGAAGAUAGACAGUGUCACGUAUCUAUUGCACACAUCUGUUCACCCGUCAUCAGAGCUGGCACUAGGAUUUGAUAGGGUGCUUUUCCCUCCUUGGCACCCCUGGCUCUGAUACCAGGGCCUUCUCUGUGUUGAACUCAGAAAAGCCUCCCAUUUCAGAUCUUGAGAUGAAUGAAUACACGUGAGAGCUGGGAGACUGAUUAACUUUUCCAAAGGUUUGCAGGAGCAUCGCCAAACUAGAGCCUCACAGCGGGAGGUGAGCGGGGGCCACCGCAGGAGCCACCACAGGCUCUGCUUACAGCACCUGGCUUCCCGAGCGUCAGCCCCAUGCCUGCAGUUGCACAUGGAGCUCACGGUGGAGUCAGGUCCUGGUUUCCCAGAGGCGAGCCCGUGCUGUGCUCCUCUUUGCAACUUCAUCCAGACGUCUACAGCCUUUUCUCACCAGGAUGCCCCGAUGUGACCAACGAGGAAUUGUUUUUCAGAGCCAUCCAUAAAACCAUGAACCCUUUCAUUAAUGUAUAACUGGGAAAGCGACUGUUCCAAGAGGUUGGGCUUUUUAUGGGUGAGAUUUAUUUGGAAGGAGGUGUGAUGUCAAGUUGGGGGACAAGAUUGAUUUUCUUUGUACUUAGGUGUUUAAGGGAUGUCGUUUGAAUCUGCAUUGUGCCAAAGUUGUAUCAUUGUUUAAUGCCAAAAUUUUGAAGAUGUCAGCAGUCAAGUCUUAAUUAAUUCAAGGUAUUUUCUUAAA